AGGGCUGUUCUCUCCCUCCCAGGCCCCGCCUUCAGCCUUGUGGCGGCGCUGUGCCCCGCCCUCGAGCAUCCACUUCCGCUCGGGGAAGAGCUGCUUCCGGUGCCUGUGUGGCGCGCUGCCGUAGCAUGGCCGCGCGGCGGCCUCUGCGGGUUUUGUGCCUGGCGGGCUUCCGGCAGAGCGAACGGGGCUUCCGCGAGAAGACGGGAGCGCUGAGGAAGGCGCUGCGAGGCCGCGCUGAGCUCGUGUGCCUCAGCGGCCCGCACCCCCUUAUCGACGUAGCUGGGGGCCCUGAGCCCGACUCCGGGCCCUGCAUUCCGGAGGAGCAGCCUCGGGGCUGGUGGUUUUCCGAGCCGGAGGCGGACGUGUUCUCGGCCCUGGACGAGCCCACGGAGUGCAGGGGCCUCGAGGAAGCCCUGACGACAGUGGCCCGGGCCCUGAGUGAGCUGGGGCCGUUCGACGGACUUCUUGGCUUCAGCCAGGGAGCUGCAUUGGUAGCCCAUGUGUGCGCCCUGGGCCAGGCCGGCGAUCCCCGCUUCCCUUUGCCGCGGUUUAUUAUCCUUGUUUCCGGUUUCUGUCCCCGAGGCCUCAAGGAACCCAGCCUGCAGAGUCCCUUGUCACUGCCUUCACUUCAUGUUUUCGGGGACAGUGAUCGCGUCAUCCCUUCUCAGGAAAGUGUGCAGCUGGCUAGCCGAUUCCCUGAAGCCAUCACCCUCACCCACUCUGGUGGCCAUUUCAUUCCAGCAGCUGCAUCCCAGCGCCAGGCCUACCUCAAGUUCUUGGACCAGUUUUUAGAAAGAUGAACGGCUUUGUAGCCUUGGGGCGGCCUGUAUAGGACAUACAGUCCUCCCUCAUGUUCUCCACAUCCCGAGACCUCCCUGCUGUGCUGUCAAUUCUGCAUUACUAGACUUGGGUUUGUUUUACUCGAAUAUGAUGGUCUUAAGAGCCCUAGGUGAGAGGGGAAGCUGACAUCACCAUGACUGUCACACAAUAAAGUGGUACAGGUUUUGAACAUUCUUGUUAUCCACAGAAAAACCCAUUCUCGGCUGGUUUCCUCAGUUCUGGAUCACUGAGAGUUGCAGGCUGGUCUCCCUCUGCUGUUUUCUCUGCUUUUUCCUCAAGUGGUCCAACUCCUCUGAACAAUUAUGUUGAAUGGUGAUGUGGUACCAAACCUUGUAUAGAAGCUAAAGACUGCACCAGAGUAAACUUGCCUCUUGCAAACUUGA